GUUGGGCUGCAAAGUUACUACAGCUCCCCAGAAAGAGUCAGCCUUGAGGACUGUGGCUAAGCCCUGAAACUGCUGCACUCCUCUUCAGAAGAGAGCAUCAGAGAGAUAGAAAGAAGGAAAGGAAAAGAGAAAGAGUGAAAGGAAAAGAGAGAGAGAGAGAGAAGAAGAGAGAAGGAAGAAAUCAGAAGAAAAUAUCUGGAGAGUAACGGAGAAAAGAGGCAAGCAGAGAAGAGGCAUUUGGAGCUCUAGAUCGAAGGAAGACUUCCUGCUGAGCAUCAUCAUCAUUUGAAGUUGUGAGUAUUUCAGAUCAUUCGUCUCCAGCAUGUGCUUUUUCUGACUCCGCUCUAUUAGUUUGCAAAGUCAGAAAUAAAUUUAUUCCAACAUAAACACGUCAUGCUGAAGUGUCGAGGCUCACGGCUUAACUCUCAGUGUUGUUGAUGUGUCUGGCCAGAUGUGAAACAAGCUGCAUCAGAUUAUUUGCACAGCUAAUUUUCCCCGCGUCUUUGAUCCACCUCCAGUUUCAUAUGGCCUGAAAACAUUUGGAAUGCCUCGACAAUGAGUCACCAUCUUAUUAUGGUUCAGUAUGAUUCAUAGACUUUGUCAUAUGGAUGCAAUCCUGAUUUUGUUUUCCUUCGGUGUCUGUCUCUCUGGCUUGCAGGCUUUCACUUUCUCUCUCAUUUCAAACCUGGACUCACGGGGUCACGAAAUAAACCCUCAAAAAUCUGAAAUCUGACUAUUUUCUGACAAUCUCAAAACUUUUUGAAACUAUAAUAUUUGUAAUCACAAUGCACUUUGCUGAAUUUAUUAUACUCAAAGAACUGAAGGAACCCAAUCACAUAGAGCAUGUCGCCACAGGAUAUUUCCGACAUGUUAGAUUUGUUAGAUAUGUAAUUACAUAGUAACUAUCAGAUACAUAGAAGACAAUAAAAGUUCAACAUUUGUCUUUAAAAAUAGAAGUCUUAAAUUCAUUAUUUGAGCAAGUCUAAGUGUGUCUGGGUUGAGACUUUAUCAGCCCAUCUUUUGGCUCAUUUAUCCCAGUAACACUGAUUGAAUCCUAUCAGUGUUAUGAGAUGAGAUGAGAUGAGAUGAGAUGAGACAAGAUGAGAUGAGAUGAGAUGAGACAAGAUGAGAUGAGAUGAGACAAGACGAGACGAGAUGAGAUGAGACAAGACGAGAUGAGAUGAGAUGAGAUGAGAGGUGUGCAGACACAGAGGCUGCACACCUGUCUGCACAGCAAGUUUACUCUAGGUACUAAUAAAGAUGAGGUGAGAUGAGAUUAGAUUAGAUUAGAUUUCACUUGAUACUUUCAUGUUAUUAAAGUGAAUGAUGUUUAUGACCUGAUGUUUGCAUGUUCAAAAAAAGUCGCCUCUGACAGCCAACUUUAGGCUUUAUACUGUUAAAAAAGGGUUAAAGCAUCUUAAUAGCAGAACAUGGAACCAGAACAUGUUUAAGUAGGUUAUAAUGUUCUAUAAGGAGAGUCAUUCCUCAGUUAAUGUACAUUUUUAUCUUCUUAUCACUGGGUACACAUGUGUUUUCACAUCUGUAUGCAGCAGAGUCUUCAGCUUUAGUCCAUCUGUUUCUGCAGCUGCUGCACAUGAAGCACACAUGAGCACUAGUUGUUUCCAUCCUUUUCUCCUUUUUCUGCUUUUGUUUGUCUUAUACGGUCGAAUUUAAAGCCAUAGAAGACUGUUUUUCUUUAAUCCUCCUUCUUUUAUCUCCUUUUAAAAGAGGGGGCCGCCUGUCUCCUCGUCAUGGCCCCUCCUUAUCUGUGGAUGGUACUGAUGGUGGUUGCUGUAGCAACAGGGGCCCAGUCAGCCAGUGAAGAGAACGAGCUGGAUUAUGGGAACUGGAACUACAGAGAGGGCGGUAAAUCACGAUUCCUUUGAUCUCCCACGUUAUAGAGAUAUGAAACUAGUAAAUUACUGGCUGUGACUAAACCAGUGAAGGUUCUGAAUCUCAAGUUAAUUUAUGAGUAAACUAAGGACGCAUCCACACUAGGCCCUUUCAUCUAUACUAUGCCUGAGUAUGACCCCCUCCCCUCAAACACACUUGGAGCCAAACAAAGUAGAGCUUAGGGGUCAUCAGAGGUCAAAGUGCCAAAGUAAGUUGUUAAAUUGAAUCCUGAUGAAAUAUUUUGGUUUCAGCUGACAGUGUGAACAUAGCCGCGGUGCGCAGUGUGACCCGUGUUUUGGACGCCUGGGGGAAACGGAUCUUCAAUGAGAUCAAGACAUUACUGCACUCUCAGCCAAGUGCACUUCUGCCCGACUACUCCAGGUACAAACUCUCACAACUCCACGUUCAGUAUCGGCCUGUCUGAGCAGCCUGAGUCUGCUUUCCUUCCCCAUCUCUAGUGGUCGAACAUUACAGUUUUCCUAUGGCAUAGGAUACUGACAAUAAAAGCGUUAAUGAUCAAUCUGGAACACUAAUAUUACAAUGUUUUUUUUCUAUCUUUGUUUUGCAGUUGAUAAAUACAACAAAUAAGUAAUACUAAUGAAUGCAACCAGAAAUAUAUGUGAACAUUGUAUUAAAUAACUGUGGACCAAAAAUUCUUAUGUUAAAUCAAAUACUGCCACAAGGCAAUUCUGGAUGUCUGCCAGGGCGUCUUGAAUUAUUAAAAGAGGAAGAAAAAAUCCAAGCUGAAUACUGGAAUUAAAUUUUAAAAAGUGAAGUAUAAAUAUAAAUCUAUUAUAUCAAGCACAUUAAUAUCAAAUUUUCAUGGCUAUCUUAGCCAGUAAAAUAUUUUAACCUUCCUCCUGUGUUAGCUUUUACUACACACCCACCAUGCUAAGGGUUGGUUUGACCCGUGUCUUAAAUCAGCUGUAAAUUACACUAAAAACAUUUCUCUAUCAUCCAAUUUGGUUCUCAUCUCUAGGUUAACUUGUUAGGCUUCAUUAUCCAUGAAAAUAUUGAUUAUAAUAGUUUUUGGUUGUGGUCCUCUGGGCCUUUCUUUGUUGGUAUAACCCUUAUACAGACAUCUAUACUGAAUUGAUCUCACAUGUCUGGACAUGCCUGACGUUGUUUUUUGUGCAGGUAAAAACAGUCAAAAUGAGAAUUUCUCACGUGACUGGAAGAGGAUCUGACUGUCAGUGUGGUGCCUGACAGUCCAUUUAUAAUUUCAGUUUUUGCUCUAAUUAUUAGAUAUUGAUCUAACCAGGUCAACAGUGACCCUAACACGACAAGUGCCACAAUCUUAAUAAGAGCAUUUUAUAAUUUAGUCAAUUUAAUUUUUUCAUUUUUAUGUUGUUGAACUAGAGGUCCCUGACAAAGUCAAAACGUCUUGAUGCAGACCCUAACACAGAAGGAGGGUUAACAAAACAUUUGGCCUUGAAUGGGGCUACAGUCAAUAUGAUACUGGUUGCUAAAAAAAAGCCUUUAAUCAGUCCAAUUCAUCAGCUGGCCGUUUAAAAGGUCUGUCUCUCCUCAUUUGCUUCUUAAUGAUUAAGUUCAGAGGUUCUGACAAUGUCAUUCUCUUUCUAAAGUUUAUUUGGGUUAGACGUGUUGAUAGCUUACUUCAGUAGGUCUUCCUUGUGGAGGAAUAGCAAACUUAGCUGCUAAUGCACUGGUCUGGUUUGCUAUAGCCUUCUAACUGUUAAUCUAUCAUGAGCAGCAAAAUGUUAUUUAUGAGUUUGCCAGAUCCAGUAGCACUUUCUUCUUUUAACUGUAGGAAAAUAAGCUACAAAUCAAAUAUAUUAUUUAAGCAUUUAUUAUAUUUUUGUUCAACACUUAUUGUAGUUUGUAAACCUGAGCUUCUGCUGCUUGUCCUGCAGGGUACGCCCUCUGUCCGAGUCUGUCAACGACCUGUUCAGAGAGGUGUCCCUCCUGCGCAGACGCAUCACUGAGCUCUCCAAUCGUCUAGCAACCCUGGAGCCUUUCCUUCGUCACCACGGCUACCUGGAGGAGGGGAAAGAUGGAGAGCAGGAGGAGUUAGGGGUGGUGGGAGGACUGACUCCUCUGGGUCUGAGGGGGGCAAUGACCAGUUUGACCCGGCACAGUCCUCAAAGAGGGAGCAAGAUGCUUAGGAGGAGACGGGUGAGAGUGUUGAGGCCUGAGAGAGUGAAGUUGGUGCAGAGGGAGAGACCAGCAUACUGAGAGGAGGGGGUGGGAGCAUGAGAAGAGGAUCUACUUACUCUUAAAUCUAUAUAAAUGUAAGAAAUCUAUUUUUAAACUGUUCUUUAUUCUUCUUUUGUAAAUGAUAAUAUAGAAAGACUCUGUUAGAUUAUACACAUUUCUAUAAGAAAAUCUAGAAUAUACUUUCUCUGUUAUUAAAGACUUUUUAACAAAGA